AUGGCUGUCGGUAAGAACAAGAGAUUAUCCAAGGGUAAGAAAGGUUUAAAGAAGAAGGUCGUUGAUCCAUUCACCAGAAAGGAAUGGUUCGAUAUCAAGGCUCCAUCUACUUUCGAAAACAGAAACGUCGGUAAGACUUUGGUCAACAAGUCUACUGGUUUGAAGAAUGCUGCUGAUGCUUUGAAAGGUAGAGUUGUCGAAGUUUGUCUUGCUGAUUUACAAGGUUCUGAAGAUCACUCUUUCAGAAAGGUCAAAUUAAGAGUUGACGAAGUUCAAGGUAAGAACUUAUUAACCAACUUCCACGGUAUGGAUUUCACCACUGAUAAAUUAAGAUCUAUGGUCAGAAAAUGGCAAACUCUUAUUGAAGCCAAUGUCACCGUCAAGACCUCUGAUGACUACGUCUUAAGAGUCUUCGCCAUUGCCUUCACCAGAAAGCAAGCUAACCAAGUCAAGAGAACUGCUUACGCCCAAUCUUCUCACAUCAGAGUCAUCAGAAAGGUCAUCUCUGAAAUCUUAACCAGAGAAGUCCAAAACUCCACUUUAGCUCAAUUAACUUCCAAACUAAUCCCAGAAGUUAUCAACAAAGAAAUCGAAAAUGCUACCAAGGACAUCUUCCCAUUACAAAACGUUCACAUCAGAAAAGUCAAGUUAUUAAAACAACCAAAAUUCGAUUUAGGUUCUUUAUUAGCUUUACACGGUGAAGGUUCCUCCGAAGAAAAGGGUAAGAAAGUCUCUGGUUUCAAAGAUGAAGUCUUAGAAACCGUGUAA